CUUCUCUUUUUGUAUAACCAGAGAAAAUGGGAGUUCCUCAACGACAACCCGACAACCAAAAUACAUCAGAUAAGCUCGAAAAAUAACGGUAAAUACUAAAUACAAAACCUCGUCGUCUGUUUAUAAACAAACUGUGUCAAUUUGGUGAUGAUUCACGCGAGAUAACACUUCGUUUGCUUUGUAUAUUUAAAUACAUAUGUAAAAAGUCUCGAGAUGGCUUUUUGCAAUAACCCCGUUUUAAAAACGCCGACAGUUUUAGAACAAUUACUCGAGGAAAUCAAUUUUCAACGUACGAAGGAAAUGAGGCAACUUAUGAAAGACGAUUCUGGGUUUGUUAUGCUACAAGGUACCACUUAUUGGACCGAUCUGUUCGUGAGACAUUUCUUAUUCCAAAACGAGACCAGCAUUGAUUGUGAUGAUUUGUUGUUUUUCGUUAGAAAGAAGCAUGUUAAAGGAUCACCUAGAUAUUUACCUAAAUUUGAGACGGAAGUAGAUGUUUUUCGUAAAGACAGUAGAAAACUCCCAAUAGGUGACCCUGAUAUAGACUGGGAAGAAACAGUUUACUUAAAUUUAAUAAUACACCAAUUUGAGUACACCUUAACGUUAGCGAUUUGCACAAGAACGAGUCCGAAAGAACUACAAGUCCUUAAACGUCACUCCCAAAAAGUUUACGCAUCUCCUAGUCGUCGCCGAAUGGAUACGAAAGGAGAAGUAGAAGAAAUGACUUAUCCUCACAUUUGUUUUAUGGUCGAUAACUUCGACGAAGUCUUCCACGAUAUUUUAGUACGCGAUGGCGAAAUGGUUUGCGUCGAAUUAGUUGCUUCAGAUCGCGAAGGAACCAUCCAAGGCGUAAUAUUUUUGGGGUCGAUUCGUUACGAUGCUUUAAAACGCGUUUACGACGCGCGACAGUCGAGUUUGAGCACGAAAAUGGCUCAACGAAUGACGUUUGGGUUGUUUUCAAAUUCAAAUGCGCAACGAUGUGAAUUUGUGCGGAUGAAGGGACCUCAAGGAAAAGGGCAUGCCGAAAUGGCUGUUACUAAACCUAAAGGAUCAGGGGUUGAGACUCCUACUUCAGAACCUGGGUUCUGUGCUACAGAUUUAUGGGAUUCUGAUUGGGAGGAGGACCCAGAAGAUUUUUAUAAUUACCGUCAACAGAGGAGACUUAGCGAUCCGAGUGCUAAUAUUAAUAAUUUCGUUCGAGGUGGGUGGAAAACGAAAUUGGAUGUUAAAUCAAGAUCAGAAAAUGAAGGGUUGGAUUCGAUGGAUAAUGGGGUUUCUGAAAUUGAAGCUGGUGAUUUAAGAGAUGUGGGCUCUGGUCCUGUUUCAUCGACAAAAACGAAUUGCUGCGGCUGUUUCCGUCGCUCCAAGCGUGAUUCUCUCACCCUUUCGGAUAUUUACUGUCGUACACCUUUGGGGCCACCCGAACAACAGCAUUGUUCUUGUGCCCCCCCACCAAAUAAAAUCGCAAGCUUACUCAAUCAAUCCGAAUACGAAUUGGGUAAAGAAAAACCAAAAACCAUCAAACAGAAGAAAAAUAAAGACGCAACAAGAUCGAAUGCAAAUUAUAACACUGAAUUUGAAUUUGCUGAUGACGCCAUUAGUUUAAAUAACGAAACGAAUGCGGAAAAUAAUACUAAUAAUACCGAUAAUGAUAAUAAACCGAAAGGUUCUUUAACUGAAAAUCCUUAUAUAACUGUUAACGGUAAAGAAGAACUGCCUUGUGUGCAGGAAUUAAAGAAAUAUUCAUUAACCAUAUCGAACGCGUUAAUAUCACCGAAGAAAAACGCGAAACAAAUUGAAAAGAAGACUGAGGCUAAAGUAAUAAUUAAUCAUAAUGAGUUUAAAGUGAAUAAUGCUUUGAAUCGUGCGAGUCAUUUCGAUGGAAAUUAUAAUAAGUUGAAUGUUAGUAAGAUUUAUAGUUAUUGUACUUUACCAAAAAGGAAAAAUGGGGCUCCACCUACAGUUGGAGUUAAUAGGUGUUUUCGUCCACUUUUUUCACCUCCCAAAAGAAUUACUCCAGAUGGUACUCAUAUUUAUUAUUGGUGUGAUUUACAUAAGAAAUGCAAUAAUGAACUCGAUGAUGGAGCUUAUAACCCAUUGUGGACAAUGAGAGGAUUUACUCAAACAUUCCACUUUUGGAAAGAGAACAAACGAGCUCAAUCAGUUCCUUUGAACGCGUUUUUAACGUACGUUACAUUGCCUUGGUGGAGUAUCGCAAAAGAUAUUUUAGAUCAUCGAGAAGGUCCCAUUUUAACAUUCUAGUAUUUUUGGUACAUUUUAUAAACGUACAGAAACGAACAAAAAAAAAGACAGCCACAAAAUACUCUAGUCAUAAAACACUCUUCUUUAUUAUUAAUACUUAAUUAAGUUUUGUAUUUUGUAAGAUUUAUUUAAAACUGUGAUUCUUUUUGUUUAAAAACCCUCAGAUCUAAAUCAAUCGAUCUGUGAUACGAAAAAAAACUUUAGUUUUUUUGUGUCGUUAUGAUUUUGUAAUUUCUUGAAACAACAACAAA